CUCAAUCACCACUCACACAAUUAUUCGUUCUUUUCUCUUCUACCAGCUCUUUCAUGGCUGCCGCUCUGAUCGCGUAAACGCACAACGCAAGCGCCUCUCACUUUUCAUAUUCGUCAAUCCAAAACCUUGUAACCCGACCCGAUGGCUCGGUGUUCCUUACCGGCCCUCAAAGAACUCCUUAAGAAAUCCACAAACCAAUGUUCCGGAUCGCUCAUCUCGACUCGAUCCGUAACCUACAUGCCGCGACCCGGCGACGGCGCUCCACGCCCGGUAACUCUAGUUCCAGGAGACGGGAUCGGUCCACUGGUAACCGGCGCCGUCGAGCAAGUAAUGGAAGCGAUGCACGCGCCGGUGUACUUUGAAAAGUAUGAAGUGCACGGGGACAUGAAGAAAGUUCCGGAAGAAGUGAUGGAUUCGAUUAAGAAGAACAAGGUUUGUUUGAAGGGAGGUUUGGCAACGCCCAUGGGCGGUGGUGUGAGUUCGUUGAACGUGCAGUUAAGAAAGGAGUUGGAUUUGUACGCGUCCUUGGUUAAUUGUUUUAAUUUGCCGGGAUUGCCUACGCGCCAUGAGAACGUGGAUAUUGUCGUAAUUAGAGAGAAUACUGAGGGUGAGUACGCCGGUCUCGAACACGAGGUGGUUCCUGGAGUUGUUGAAAGCCUUAAGGUGAUAACAAAGUUUUGUUCGGAGCGUAUUGCAAAGUACGCUUUUGAGUAUGCAUACCUGAACAACAGAAAGAAGGUGACUGCCGUGCAUAAAGCAAACAUUAUGAAGCUUGCUGAUGGUCUAUUCUUGGAAUCUUGUCGAGAAGUUGCCACAAAAUAUCCUGGGAUCAAGUACAACGAAGUUAUUGUGGACAAUUGCUGCAUGCAGCUUGUAUCCAAGCCUGAGCAAUUUGAUGUCAUGGUGACUCCCAAUCUUUAUGGCAACCUAGUCGCAAAUACAGCAGCUGGUAUUGCUGGUGGUACAGGAGUCAUGCCAGGAGGUAAGAGUGGUAACCGGCGCCGUCGAGCAGAAUGA